AUGUCGCUUUUCUCUCAAUGGAGCUCGCACCCCGAGGUUCUUCGGGAUCUCUUCAAAGUAACCACCCCUGCAAGUGUCGCCGACUAUGCUGCUUUGACUGUCCUCAGCAUCAUAGCGGGAACCUAUGUCUCCCGAGGCAUUCUCUGGGACCGGCCCGAUCCUUAUCUCCAUCUUGUGUACGAACGGCCGCAAUUGAAGAACGGCGGCGCGGCUGGCUCCAAAGGCAAUAAGCAGACCCGCAACAUUGCUCAGAAAAUGGACGAAACGGGCAAGAAUGUCGUGGUCUUUUGGGGCUCCCAGUCCGGCACUGCCGAAGGCUUUGCGCACCGGCUGGCCCGCGAGGUCUCGCUACGGUUCGGUCAGGAGGCCAUGACAGCCGACUUGUCCGAUUAUGAUCCGGACUCUGUCAGUAUGAUCCCAGACUCCAACCUGGCGAUCUUCAUUCUCUCGACGUACGGUGAGGGUGAUCCCAGCGACAACACCGCCGAGUUCUGGGAUUGGAUUCACAAGACCCAGAACGUCUCCCUGUCCAACCUCCGCUAUGCUGCUUUCGGUUUGGGCAACAGCAACUACAAGUUCUACAAUCGCGUCGUGGACGUCGUCGUGGACGCUCUGGAUCGAUUUGGGGCUAAGUCGUUGAUGCCCGUCGGCAAGGCGAACGAUGCUGAGGGCACAACACAAGAGGAUUUCAUGAGCUGGAAGGAGGAUUUGUUUGCCACGUUCAAACAGCAGCUGGGUUUUCAGGAAGGCGAGGUCAAGUAUAUGCCGACGCUGUCCGUCCAGGAAGACGAGUCGCUGGAGCCCAUCGACCUUCACCAUGGAGAACCGGACAACCGCCGUGACUCGUUCAAAUCCGCUGCUCAAUGCUCUCCCGUACGGGCAGUCGACAUCAGCAGCAAUAGGGAACUCUUCGCCUCCUCCGAUCGCCACUGUCUUCACAUCGAGCUCGAUCUCAACAGUCAACCUGAAUUUACAUACAAGACCGGUGAUCAUCUGGCCGUCUGGCCGGGCAAUCCAGAUGCCGAAGUGGACAUCCUCCUCAACGCCCUGGGGCUUCCUCCGUCCCGCCACGAGGUACCCAUCAGCAUCACAUCGCUCGACCCAGCAACUAAAGUGAAAGUGCCCACUCCCACAACCCCCAUUGCCCUCUUCCGCUACUACCUGGAGAUCUGUGCCCCUGUCAACCGCGACACUCUCCUCGGACUCGCCCAGUUCGCCCCCACGCCAGCAGCCAAGGACUUCCUUCUCCAGCUCGGGCAGGACAAGACAGCCUACGCCAGCUUCCUCAACCACACCCACCUCACCCUUGGUCGGCUUCUGCAGCUCGCCUGCCCUGAUACACCGUGGACAACCCUCCCACUCUCCUAUCUCAUCGAGACGCUCACCCCAAUCCAACCCCGGUACUACUCCAUCUCCUCCAGCAGUGUCCUCGCCCCACGCAAACCAUCCAUCACCGUCCUCGUCUCCUCCACCCCGCUCCCGGCGAACCCAACCCAAACCAUCCAUGGCCUCACAUCCAACUACCUCCUCGCCCUCUCCGCAUCCCUCGCCUCGUCCACCCACCCCCACGGCCUCACCUACCCCCUCUCCGGUCCCAACGCCAGCCUGACCGGCGGCAAGAUCCAUGCCCACCUCCGCCGCAGCCGCUUCAAACUCCCGCUCAUGAGCAAAUGCCCGCUCGUCAUGGUCGCCGCCGGCACGGGGCUGGCCCCUUUCCGCGCCUUCAUUGCCGAGCGCCGCCAGCUGAGCCUCAUCGGCAAGGAAAUUGGCGAGAUGGUCCUGUUCUUCGGGUGCCGAUCCCCAACUCAGGAUUUCAUCUACAAGGAGGAACUGGACGAGAUGCAGGCCGCCCUUGGCAGUAAGUUGCGCGUCAUCACUGCGUUCUCGCGGGUCGGCGGCGAGAAAGUCUACGUGCAGGAUCGGAUUGCCGAGCAUGCCGCCGAGGUAAUCCGGCUGAUUGACGAAGGCGCGAACGUGUACAUCUGCGGCCGGGCGGGGAUGGCCCGCGAGGUGGAAAAGUCGGUAGGGGAGGCGAUGCGAGCGGCCAGACAGUGGAGCGAGGCCGAACUGAACGAGUGGAGCAAGGCAAUCAAGAGGAAGAAUAAGUGGCAGGAGGAUGUUUGGGGAUAA